AUGCUGGUGAAGCUGAUGGUUAUAUUCGCGGUAGCAGCACGAGAAAGAAGCGUCACAGCAUCCGAGCAAUACGACGAUCUCGCAAGCCUCGUGUACCAGGAGAUGCAAGACGAGGAAUCCGACCUGCGGGCGACCUCGAACCCGACCCCCGAGGUCACCGAGGAGGAUCUGGAGCUGGAAUUGGAGCAGAUGCUGGGCGGCGCGGGGCGAGGUUUCGGAAACUUGACACUGGGAGGAGGAAGUACCACUUCUGGUAUCGGUACCACCGUUAAGGGCAUCCUCCCGGUACCCCAGGAUUUCAGGGAGUACCCUGACAUUUACGUCUCCGCCGUCUCCGACAUCAUCGAUCAGGCUCCAGGGUACACCAUGUCCGUGAGCUACGACACCUGGCCCGUGGAUCUGGGGAAGAAGUUACACCUGGACGAGACGGACCGACCGCCGACGCUGGCAGCCUGGCCGACCAAGUCAAAAGGGCGCUAUUGCGUGGUCAUGCUGGAUCCAGACGCCGUGGGGGAGAAGCAUCAGGAAAGCCUCUUGUGGAUGGUGGUGAACAUUCCGGGGAACGCCAUCCACGAGGGUCAAACCGUGGCCCCGUAUCGACCUCCCAGGUCGAAUCCGUUCUCGGGAACUCAUAGAUUUGUCUUUCUUGUAUUCGAACAACCUCAAGAGAUCAGCCUCAAAAACAUCAUCUCUUCCAGGAGGGAACAUUUUUCAGCUAGGGAUUUUGCCAACUUCUAUCAGUUGGGAGGACCCAUUGCUGCGAACUAUUUCACCAGUUUUGCCGAAGAGAGCCAACAUGGUCAUUCAGAAUAUGAUAACGUCCAUGAACUGCAGGACACUUUUAUGUCACUCAUAGAACCACAAACUCUGAAUGGAUUUAAGCAACUGGUUAACAACGACACUAGUGUCAGUUCUCUGGAUAGAGAUGCUACUUUCAGGGCUUUGACUGAGUUAAUUGGAGUAGGAGAAACUAAUAUGUCUAAAAGCAAUGAAUUGAUUGGUUCUCUGGCCAAAGGGAUCUGGAGGAAAUGGUUGCACCUUCUGGAGAACAAGGACCACACAUCCCAUGACAGCAAUAAACACCACCACUCUGAGAUGGGAGAAUCCAAGCAAGAGCACCAUGAGUACCAAAAGCAUCAUCAUGGUUCCAAAAAAAUGGGCAAGAAGAAAGAACUAAGUCACAUAACAGAAGAGCAGGAGAGUCUUGGACAAGCAGAAACAUCAGAGGAGAAUGAAGAAGAAAACCAAGUGGAAGAGACUGAAAAAGAUGAAGCAAGGGAGAAGCAAUUCAGAUGGAGGGGCAAAGCGGAUGCAUUAGGGCCUCAAAUUGAAGGAGAUGCCUUCAGAUCCAGAUCAUGGCAGGGGCCAUAUACCUACAAAGAAGAGCCCACUGAAUGUGACAUCAAAAGCAUGGACAAGAUCAAAUCCCCACCAAGUAACAAGGAACAGAUCCAAGAGGUUGAGCAUCCAUCUGGAAGGAGGCAGCAAAAUAAGAUAAAGAAAAAAGGUCUAAGGCAGAAAGGAAAGAGGAGAGGGAAAUUGAGGAAGAAGAUCGAAGCUAUGCAAAGUGAGGAAGACAUAGAGGAGGUGGAAUGCAAAAUGCAGAAACUGGAAGAAGAAUAUAAAGAAGAGCCUGAAGAAAAACAGAUGAAAAAGAACAGGAAGAAACCAGAGACAGAGAUGAUUGAAGCGACAAUCACAACCAAGGCCAGAACUACAUCUCCAACAGUGUCAGUAACUGAGGCUGCAAUGAUGACAGCGAUAACAGAAGAAACAUUACCAUUAGAAACUGUAUGCAUCGCCACUCCCACUGCCACACCAUCAGUCAAGUCAAACAUAGAGGAAUGUAUUGUCAUUGAUGGAACAACUGAAACCAGUGAGGUGCACAAGAUUCCCUUGGAUAUUUGUGAUAAGAAGCUAGAAAUCUUGCUUGAAAUUCUACCAGAACAGCAUGACAGUAUGAUAUCCACCCAAACUGCAGAAGUCAAAUCAAAAGUGGAAGAAUCUGGUCCUUGUUCAACUUCAAAGGAAAAUAAUAAUUUUGGUAACAGCAGGCUAUCAGAAGCACCACAGCACAAGGAGAGCAGGGGCAGAGAUAAAUGGAAGAAAAAGAACAAGAUCAAGAUGCGGCCUGCUUCUGAGAUCACGAAGUCAAAAUCAGAGCGAACGGGACAAGAAAAGCCCACCAAGCAAGAGAGGAUGGAAAUGACAAAUGAAGACACAAAAGCUGUUCCUCCAGAGGUUGCGAAUCUGUCCAAUGAUGAAGAUUACAACAAGGCUGUUGUGAAGUGCCUUCAUGCACAAGAAUCUGGGCAAAGCUGUCCUACCCCUUCUAAGCUGUCAAUGGAAGAAUUUCAGGUUCCAAAGGUGAAUGGCAGCUACCCAAAGCACAUCUAUGUCACCUUGGUUUCCAAAAGACCCGAGCAACAAAAGGUAGCAGAUAAAAUCAGGUUUGGCAGGAAACAGAAACAGAAACUAGAAGAAAGGGUCAGAAAUGUGAAAUUAGAGAAACAUAUUCUGGAUCACACAAGGGGAACAAAAGAAAAUUAUUGA